GGAGGGCCGUGGGGAGGCUCGGCCUCCGCGCACUUUCCCCGCAGCUGGCCGCGGGGCAGCGCUGCGUCCUGCGCCCUUCGCCCUUCGCACCAGCUUAGCUUAAGGCGCAUCCUUCACGGCACCCGGCCUCGUCUGCCUGUCUUUCUCCCGCUCUUGAUGCUGCCCAGCUGAGAGGAGAAAAUGGGCACGGGAGAUUUUAUCUGCAUUUCCAUGACUGGAGGGGCGCCCUGGGGGUUCAGACUGCAAGGAGGCAAGGAGCAGAAGCAGCCCUUGCAAGUCGCAAAGAUUCGAAGCCAGAGCAAGGCAUCAGACUCUGGGCUGUGUGAGGGGGAUGAAGUGGUAUCUAUCAAUGGCAACCCCUGUGAAGACCUCACUUACCCUGAAGUCAUCAAGCUCAUGGAAAACAUAACAGACUCUCUCCACUUGCUCGUUAAAAGACCGUCUAGUGGAGCAAAUGAGGCUUUGGACUCUGAAACAGAAAGCAUAAACCACCAGCACCUUACACAUGAAGGGCCCAUGGAAAGUACCACCCUGCAGAUUCUUCCAGCCACAAAGACCCAGCACGAAGACUUCUUUCUUGUUCCAGUCCAGACUGGAGUUCCCCUACCUGAGGACCAAGGAAAUGAUUGGGCUUAUGCAGAACGUACAACCGGAGAAAAAGUUCCCCAGAUGCUUGAUUCCCAAGAAGGACACUUGGUAGAAGAGGUCAUCUUAAAGGAAAAGGCAGGCGCAGGCCAGCCAGGCUGUGUGGUUGAGCUACAACUGUCCCUCACGAAGGACAGACAGCAGCACACCAGUGGCCCCGCAGUGGCUCUCCAGGGAAAUGAAAAAUUCAAGUCUCCUGACCCAGACUGGGGCUCACUACCCGAGAGGGCUGUCCACAUAAACUCCAUCCCUGCUCCUGAGAAAGCAGACACUUCUCUGACGUCCAGCACAGCAGUCCGGACCUCCAGCAGCCGAGAGUUGAGAGUGAGCCAGGGAAGAGACGCAGGAGGCGCACGGCUGCCCCAGGUGGAAGUGAUUCUAGAUUGCUCUGACAGACAGAAGGCGGAAGAGUGCAGGCUGCAGGCAGGAAGGGGGUGUGUGGCUUCUCCCGUGGAAGGAGGGCGGUCAGAAGCACCUCCUUCUCUGGUCUCCUUUGCGGUCUCAUCAGAAGGCACAGAGCAGGGAGAAGAUCAACGCUCGGGAAAGGAUCACAGCAGACCACACAAACACAGAGCUCGACAUGCCCGGCUCAGGAGGAGUGAAAGUCUGUCUGAGAAGCAAGUGAAAGAAGCAAAGUCUAAAUGCAAAAGCAUCGCUCUCCUUCUGACGGAUGCUCCCAACCCAAACUCCAAGGGGGUGUUGAUGUUUAAGAAGCGCAGGCGGAGGGCCCGGAAGUACACCCUCGUCAGUUACGGUACCGGAGAGCUUGACCGAGAGGAGGAGGAGGAGGACCAGGAAGAAGGUGACAGGGACGAAGUAGGUGAAGUUGCCUUUCUUGGGACGAGCGAGUCGGAAGUGGAGGAAGAGCUACCGUCGGACGUCGACGACGGCGACGACGCACAGGUGGUGAACUUCGACUGGGAUUCCGGACUGGUGGACAUCGAGAAGAGACUCGAGAACAGAGGGGACAGGAUGGAGAUGCUGCCGGACACCACGGGCAAGGGGGCGCUCAUGUUUGCCAAGAGGAGGGAGAGGAUGGAGCAGUUCGCGGCCCAGAACGAAGAGGAGAAGACGACGACGACGACGACGACGAUGGCGGCGGGCGGGAUGGCAGGCGGAGGCCCGGCCGCGCCCCAGAUGGACGGCCUGAGGACCGUGACUACUUCUUACCGGAGGCGAGAGGAGGAAUCGGCGAGGAUGCAGAGCUCGGUGAGCGAGGGCGCCUUCCGGGUGGGCGUGCCGCAGCAGAACGGCCUCGGCGCGGCGCCCGAGGCCGCGGGGGCGCACAGGGUGGCCCCGACCAACCGCACCGCCAGGCCCUUCCUGGGAACCGCCAACCAGCCGGCCGCCCCCUUCUCCCCAGCGCGGGCCGCCACCAGCCCCGUCUCGGACUUGCCUGCGCCGCCGCCUUACUCUGCCGUCUCGCCCCCACCCGACGCCUUCUCCAGGGGGGUCUCCAGCCCGAGCGCGGGCCCAGCGCAGCCCCCGCCGUGGCCGCAGCCCGCCCCGUGGUCACCGCCAGCCUUCUACGACCCGUCCGAGCAGAUAGCUUCCCGCGACGAGAGGAUCGCGGUGCCGGCGAAGAGAACGGGAAUCCUGCAGGAGGCCAAAAGGCGGGGCACCACCAAACCCAUGUUUACCUUCAAAGAAACCAAAGUGAACCCCAACCCGGAACUCCUGUCGCUUCUUCAAAACGCGGAAGGCAAGCGAGGCACUGGAGCCGGAGGAGAUUCUGGACCGGAAGAAGACUACCUCAGUUUGGGUGCAGAGGCCUGUAACUUCAUGCAAAACUCUGCCAAGCAGAAGACCCCACCUCCCGUGGCUCCGAAGCCUGCGGUCAAGUCCUCCGCCUCGUCCCAGCCAGGAACCCCAGUUUCUCCAGUCUGGUCCCCGGGAGUGGCUCCAGCCCAGCGCCCUGCCUUUCCCACAUCAAACCCACCGAACCCACCGCAGGUGACUGCUGUGUCCUCCAUCAAAAUAGCCCAGCCUUCCUGCCCUCCUGCCCGGCCUGCGAGCGCCUUGAACCUGGCUGGUCCCUUCAAAGGGCCCCAAGCAGUAGUAGUCAGCCACACCUACACACCCAAGCCGUCAGCACCCACACCACUAGUAAAUGCUGCUCAUGCUGGUGCAGGGGGACCAUCCAACGAGCUUCCUGGAAUGAGUGGGAAAGGAGCCCAGCUCUUUGCUAAAAGGCAGUCCAGGAUGGAGAAGUACGUGGUGGAUUCUGACACAGUGCAAGCCCACACAGCGCGCGCCCAGUCUCCCACUCCAUCCCUGCCCGCCAGUUGGAAGUACUCCUCCAACGUCCGAGCACCCCCUCCUGUGGCCUACAAUCCUAUCCAUUCCCCCUCCUACCCACUGGCUGCGCUCAAGAAUCAGCCGCAGGCCGCCCAGGCCUCCAAAACGAGCAAGAAGAAGGGCAAGAAACCGCUUAACACUUUGGAUGUCAUGAAGCACCAACCGUAUCAGCUCAACGCGUCUUUGUUUACCUUUCAACCCCCUGAUUCAAAGGAUGGUCUCCCUCAAAAGUCAAUGGUCAAGGUCAGUUCGGCCCCGGCCGUGAAGCAAGCCCUUCCUCCCCGGCAGGUGGUGGUCGGCUCGCCCACAAAUGCACAGGCUUCCUCGGUGUACUCCGUCCCGGCCUACACCUCUCAGCCCUUCUUUGCGGAGGCCACCUCGCCAGUCAGCGCAUCCCCCGUGCCUGUGAGUGUUCCCAACUCUCCAAAACAAGAAUCGGCCUCCUCCUCGUCCUAUUUUGUGGCUCCAAGACCGAAGUUCUCAGCCAAGAAAAGCGGAGUCACAGUUCAGGAAAGCUGGCGCUCCCUUUCUCUCCCUGGGAGAUCAGCCCCACCCGUCAUUUCUGCAUCUCCGUGGCUGUGCCAGCCUGCUUGCGGUUACCCUGGCCAACCGACCCUCGGGCUGGAGAAAGCUCACAAGAGACCAACACCUUGGGAAGCAGCAACCAAGUCCCCUUUCGGUCUAGUGGAUGAAGCCUUCAGACCCAGGAGCAUCCAGGAAUCUAUUGUGGCAAAUGUAGUCUCCGCAGCUCGGAGGAAGGCGUUUCCAGGGUCCCAAGAGGACUGGAAAGAGAGGCUGUCCUUUGUCCCUCAAACUCAGAAGACAAACAUGAGCUAUUCUGAAAGGCAAGAGUACAGUGCUCCAUCCCCAGUCAACAGCCACGUGUCUACCCACGCCUUAUAUAGUUCCCAGUUGCCAUAUGUGUGUUAUAGGCAGGAGGCCAUGGAGACCAGGUCUGAAUACUGUCUUCCACUGGGUGAUUCCAACUAUAACCCACACCCAAGGGGGUGGAGACACCAGCCAUGAAAGCUAGGGUGACAAGUGUGUGGAUUUUGUUGUUCUUUACUUUUAAAAACAGACCACAAAUCCACUUUUAGUCUCGUGUGGUUCUCACAGGUCGUUCAUCAGAGUGUACAGGUGUGUAAACACACAAGUGUGGAGCACUUCCUUGUUUGCUGAUGUUUAAGGAACUGCUUAGAAGAUAGGAGCCGCCAUAAACAGGGUGUGGAGGCACACACUCCCAUAAUCUCAGCACUUGUGAGACAAGGCAGAACACCAGGUACUCUUCAGGCAUAGUGUGAGGCCCAGCCUGGGGUACAUGAAACCCUGCCUCAAAAAAUGAUAUUUUUCUUGCACUGAUAUUCUGGCACUUCCAUAGAUUCAAAGUCUCAGUUCCAUUUGUAAGGAGCUCCAUGCAAGUUCCAUUCAAGUUCACUCAACUGCAGUGCACCCAAACAUUUAUCUUCUCCAUGUCCUGUUAGAACAUGCUAUAUUAGUUACCAGGAGUUCUAAUAGCGAGGAAUAUAAAAUUCUCUUGUAUUGAUUUUUAAGUCAGCAUACGAAGGAAGGGUUUUCACUUUGCCAUGUUUACAUGCAUGUGCCAUUAUACUUUGCUCUAAUCCACCUGUCACCCCAAUUGCCCUUCCCCAUGGAACCAUGGAACCCCAUGGGAACGCUGAUUCCCAUUCUUUCUGUUCAAAGAAAUUGCUAAGGCAAGCCUGACAGGAGGUAAUACUUAUACAGAAAAGAAAUUCCUUGCUGUUAUUUCAAACAUUUCCCUAAUACAUUUUGGGUGUAGUUCAGAUGUUUCAGAAGACAGAAAGAGAAAUGUCCUACUUCUGUUUGUGACAGUGCUUUGCUAUGUAGCCCAGGCUGUCCUCAAACUCAUGCAAGCACCCUGCCUCAGCCUAUCAAGUGCUGGGAUUUCACCAUCAUGUCUGAAGUAGGAAAGCUCCUCGACAGGAAUGUGUCAGAGUGAGGUGACUGCACCACUCGGAUUGGACUGUGGAGAAAACUAUGAUAUGUGGGAAGCACAAAUCGUAGUAGGCAUUGGAUUUAUUUCCAAUCUACAUAAAGUCGGCAGCCUGAGACAGAAGAUUUAGGUUCAGUUGUUCUCAUCCGUCGGAUGAGAAGGCCUGAUUGUCUAAUUGCUUAGGUCCUUAACAAUUCUGAAAGUCAAGUGAGUAUCUUGGUAGAAGGACCUUUGAUGCAUUGUUUACUGUUGCUCAUCACAUAGCUAUCAGAUUACAUUUUGGAGUGGAUGAGGUCAUGAGUGCCAUGAAAUGGCUUCACGAAAGGUCCCGAAAGGAAUUUCUAAGUGGCGGGUUUUGUGCUAUGUGGAGCGAAGGUUGAUGUAAAGAUAAAAAUAUUAGUGGAUUUAAGGAAGUGGCGGAUGAAUGUGCCUGUCGUUAUGCAACUGCUGUUCCUGACCGCUUACUUGGUUACAGAAAACAAGCAAGCAAAGUGUACACAAGGGCGGAUUCUAGGCUGUUCAGGCGAAGUUAGGAGGCUGACUCACCUCUCCUUAACCCGUGCCUUAUAAGCAUGGCCACGGAGCGGACCAGCACCUGCUCCUUCCUGCCAUACUCACACAAGGUAAAACAGAAGGGAACUCAAAGGAGUCCAGAUCAUCAUCGAGUUUAUCUAGGAUAUUUUUUAAUUAAAAAAAAAAUCUUGAGUGUUGAAAUCACCUUGGCUUUUAAAAAGUGAUAAUUUUGCUUUAUUUUCCUUCUCAGCUCUUCCUCUCAUCAUUAUGAUGCUAUCUUUCACAGAAUAAAAAUGAACUCCGAGGAUGCAAGUGGCGUCUUACCUUAAAAAGUUUAAAAUGAUUUUUUUUUAAAGAAGUUCCAGUAAGUUCUACAAGUGGCAGGAGUGGCCGGAUACUAAUCUGUUCAACUAUGCACCAAAGAAAAGGCUGACUGCUUUCCAAAGUUUGAUUGCUAGCUAGGUGUGGGUGCCUCAGGCCUGCAACCCAAGACUCUGAGGGAUGAAGAAAAGGCCAGCCUGAGCUACAAGUGAGAUCUGUCUCAGAAAAACAUCAACAAAAGUUUCACUGUUCACUCAUCUAAAAUUGAUUUUGUGUUAAGUCCCUUAAGUUAUUAAAUGUAAUUAUUGACACCCACAAGUUAUUUGUAGAAUCUUAAAAGAAUAAUGUCAGGCCAGGGGAGUCUGAUCCUUAUUAUGUUCAAAUGUAUCAUAGUGUUUGAGUCAUGCUACAGUAGGCUACUUUAAGAAGGGGGGGAUUUAACAGAAAAUAUGUUAUUUUCUAUUCUUUUCUGCCACGUUCUUUUGUAAAUGCUAGGCUUUGGCUCCCUGAGUUGAUUCACAUCACACUAUUUGCUAAAACUCUUUUCAAAGGAAGCAGAUGCUUUAGAUAUUAUUAUAAAGUGUGCUUGUCCUCAGCUUUACAGCACCAAAUCCAGCAUUUGUAUUGAGCUAUCAGAAAGUAUUCUAUGCAACAAAAGGGCUGCCCAUUCUGUUCACAAGGGCACGAGCAUCCUUAUCAGACAGUGAUGCUUCAGCAAGUCAAACUGUGAAGAUAACUUUGAAAGGCAAAUCAGCACCAGGUCCACUGCAGUAUUUUCCUCUAGUUGACUAGGAAACGAUACAGUUCCAUCACUGACAUUCAGCCACCCCAAGGUCUGGCUCUUCUGGUUGGGAAGAUUUCAAUAACUAUCGUUUUAACAAGAAUAAAAUGAGGUGGGUCUCAUUCUCUAAACAACAGUGCUUAUACAGAAGAGCUGCGGCUUUGAAAGGUAUGCCACAUUUGCUGCAAGACCUAUUUCAAUCACCGGCAGCCACACAGUGUUUCACUAAACCUGCUCCAAUAGUUGAGCAUGCCAGUCAGAGACAUUAAUUCUGCGUUUCCUCCCAUUGAGUCUAAGCAUCAUAUCAAUGCUUGGAGCAGAUGAUUUAACUCUUGAAUGUGAUGGCCGCACAGAUUCUAGUCCCUUUGAUUUUGAGGUCUUAUGACUGGCAGCAUCAUGCACCUGGGAGAGCAUGAGCUUAAUCAUAAAUAUGUAUGUGCAUUAAUGACUUAAAACUUUGGAUAAAAAAAUCAUAUCAAGUAGGGACAGUUAUAGAAAGGAGGAGUGGCAAGAAUGUUUGUUUCCUAAGAAAAGGUAGAUUUUUCACACUUGGUUUCUAUUCAACGUAGAAGUGAAUGCUGCUGGAUUCAUACUUUACUACUAAAUUGUCAUUUAUAAUUGUCUCUGUCCCCAAAGGCUGCGUGUGAGCUACUCAGACUGAAAAUCCAAAUGAUGUUAGUAAUAAAUGUAACUUGAAAAUCAA